GCGAUGGGGAGGCUUUCAGUUAACUUAUCAAGCGGGAACUUCCCAACACGCGUAUAUAGGUAUAACACAUCGUGGAUAGCCCGCUUGGAGCUGUAAUGGAAUAGGUGUGCUUUUCAGCAAGGCUAUGGCUUCGGUGCCGCAGGGGUUCGCAUGAACAUUGCGUGACUUCAGGCAUCUUGAUUACACAACCUCGUAAAGUACUGAAACGUUGCAAUGCACGGCUCCCCAUAAACUUUCUAUCUAAAGUUUAUGUCUUCAUCCUUGACACUGGUGAGCACGUGCGGAAAACGGCAAUACAGUCCAUUUAUGGGAAACAUUAACAGCUGUACCUCAAAGGGGGCGCUUCUGUUGGUCGCUGCGGCAAAUGGAGAUCUGGGAAUGGCACAGGAGCUGCUGUCCAAGCACCCCAAGGCGGCUUCCUACUACAACUUCAAAGACAGGAGCUCACCUUUGCUCCAAGCGGCUGCGCGAGGCCACUUCGAGCUGGUUCAGCUUAUCUUGGAAACAGCGGUCAUGACCGAGGGCCCGGAGCGUGCAAAGAAAAACUGCAUCGAUCAUGCUAAUUCCAAAAGGCAGACAGCCCUGAUGGUCGCAUGCAAACACGGGUGGGGCCGUCAGGUGCCGAUAGCGCAGAUCCCCUGCAUAGACGACGGCUCGACCGUGAAGUUCAUCGACCGCCACAAUGGCUGGGGCCUCAGCGCCUUGCACAUCGCGGUCUUCCAGGGUAGCGUGAGCACGGUUCGGGCGUUGCUCCGCCACGGCGCCGACGUGGAGUCGGUCAUUUGCGCGUCGAAGGUGGAGAACAGCCCCAUUCGGUGCGCGGUUGGCUCAAACGCCCUCCACAUUGCCGCCUUGACCGGCAACAUAAUUAUGGCGAAGCUGAUUCUGGAAACACAGGAGAGCUACCCCGGCUUGGAGCUGCGCAGCCGCACAAAUGCGGCGGGCCUCAAGCCACACGACUACGCACAGUCUGCUCGGAACCCGGUGCUCAUGCACUUGCUGGAUGAGCGGCUCCCUGUCACGCUAUUGCGGCAGAUUUGGAUGAACUACUCCCUCGAGCAGAGCUUGCCGCCUCGGCACCAGACGCUAGGUUCCAUGCUGCAGAAACUGAAGCUCAUGUUUAACCUCGAGUUGAUUGCAAUUCAGCGCAACGUGACCCACUUGCAAGCACAGCAUGAUGCAGCCCAGCAGCAGCAACUGCUGCAGGGGGGUGCUAAUACGAAUGAGCAGCACCGCCAGGGCGCUGGUCAGCAAGCACAGUCGCAGCAGCCGGGUUCGGAACCAAUGGAUGUGUCGACGCGUGCGGCUGUAGCGCCAACACCAACGAUAUUUACCUUUGGCGGGGCCGCGGGCGCCCUUGCGGCCAUUUCCUCGAAGCACCGCGGCGGUAUGGAACCCGCAAACGUUCGGCUACUGUGGGCUCGGCGUCAAGACGAGAUUACGCAAUUACUGACGACUGUAACGCAGCUGCACGAUAACCUGAAGGCCCUUUGCCGCAGGGACGAGCCGUUGGCAGGAGAGGCCACUGAGACUGUUGGAGGCCUGAGUCGGGGCGACCGCGCUGCAACGUAUGAGGCCGUGUUGGACUUCAUCCUAUCCACUCUUAUAACGCCGCGGACCGUGUCUGCGAUUUUACACGCGGCAAAGAAGCUUGUGUCGGCAUCGGUCACCGGGACGGCGGCCUUGACCGCGGGGGGAGCGCCCCUGGAGCUUCCCCCCGGUGACUCGGACUCCCAGCAUGGGCUGGCGUUGCUGAGCACAGCGUUGCGCGCGGUGGAGACGUGCCUACAGGCGGCCGUCUACCUAACGAGCCCCGCAGCCCUGGAGGAACAAAUGGGCGCUGUCAACAACCGUCUGGGCCUUUCGCCCACCGCCGCCGGCGCAGCGAGCAAUGCCAACGCAGUUUCUGACCCCGUCGUAUCUGCAACUGCGGUCACAUCGGGGGUCGCGUCUCCAGGCGAGGCCUUGGCCAGUGCCGAGGCCGAGGCCCCAGGUGGUACACCCCGUGCGGCAGCGGCGCGCAGCGAGGCGGACAGCGUUGCCAACGGCCAGGCUUCGGCGGCGCUCGUGUCGGAUCAGGUUGUGGAGCCCCACGGCCAGGCGGCAGGGGCGGCGGUUACUGGGUCCCAGGGCUCCCCACGUACCGCUGUGUUGACCAGCAGUCCCCUGGCGUUGACCGGUUCCAGCCUGGGUUUCCCACAGGCCGCAGUGCGUGGCAUGGGCGACGGCGCCGCCGUACCUCCCGCCUUUGCAACACAUUGGUCGGCCCAUCUGCACACACUCAUUGCGCAGCUUCAGUGGGACAUUGGUGUGCAGCGCCACCGUCGGCGGCGCGCGCACGCUGCCGCGGCUGCAGCACGUAGCGCGGCCGCGGCCGCGGCCGUGGCUGUCGUUGCAUCGUCCACGCCAUUGGCGACUGGUGGCAACAGUAGUACCGCUGGCAACGCCACCGCCAAUAGUGCCGCCGCGGUCGGUGCAACGACCAACGGUGUGCCGCAAGUCACCACGGCUUUCCCAUCUCUUGCCAUGGGCAUGGGUGCUUGCCCGUUAGUGCAGGACAUUGUGACGUCCCAGAACGGUGGCGCAACUGUCUUGCCGGCCCUUGCACAGUCGCGCAGCGACUCGGGCAUCUCGAUGCCCGUGGCGGAGGCACCCGCAGCCGCCACCACUACUACCACCACCGCAUCGCCUGUUGCAGCUGUUGACGUGGCCAGUCGCGCCGCGUUGGAAGGUACAGUCGCCGUGGCAGCGGAUGAUGGCGAACUGCUCACUGGGCCACCGCCGAUCCAAACCGGCGAGAUUAUUCCGCUGGUUUCUGGUGCGCUGCCGCUUAGCCGCGGCGCCACCAUGUCUCCAACGGAUGGUGCAGCAGCUGCCACUGAAGACCACUUGUCCACGGCCGGUACCACAGUUCCGCCACAGGACAACGCACCCGCUGCCGCCACGAACAACAACACGACUACAGUGCAGCGCGGCGGCGCGAAGGAACGUUCUGGGAAGGACCGCGAGGGUGCUGGUGGCGGUGCCGCUGGUGAUGGCGGCCUGGAUGGUCAGGACGACUCGCCGGCGGCUUCGGAGAGCGGGUCGGAUUGGUCAGAUGACGAUCGCAAUGUCUGCUCCAUUUGCAUGGAUCUGCCCGUUGCUGUGCUGGUGGCGGGCUGUCAGCAUGGGCUAUGCGUGCAGUGCGCUUUUCAGCUAUGCGUCAAGGGCCGCGAGUUGCCAUCGUGCCCUUUCUGUCGGCAGAAGAUUGGCGGUUUCGAGGCCAAGGAGGCGGCUGCAAGCCCGGCCGCGGCGGCGGCAGUGGGAGCGGCCGGCUCGCCGGCGGCCGCGCCGUCGCUGCCUGCACCGGCGGUGCUGGCACCGGCGGCUAUCACAGCUCCAUCUCCAACUGUGGUGGUGCAGUGA